AUUGUUUUGGGCAUAAUGAACCUCUGAAGAUACAUUCCACCUCCUUUUCCCUGGCGUUAAUUACUCGCCUUUUCCGUACCUCUUAGAUUUAUUCUCUUUGCAUUUCAUCGAGAAAAUGCAAUUCGUUGGUCGUUUAAAACAUAAGGCGUACCGAGACUUUCUUUGCAGAAAUCUUUUCGCAAAACAUGAAGUGGAGCGCCAAAGCAAUUUAUAUAUCUACAGAAAUCCUGAGUUGCCUUUACGCGUUCGCUUAGAAGCUAAGAACAGAAUCGAAUCCCUUCCAGAAAACUCACAUCCUACUAAAAUAAAAAACCGUUGCGUUGCUACUGGUAGAGGCCGUGGUGUUUUUCGCGCAUUCCGACUUGCAAGAUUUGCCUUUCGUAUCAAAGCUAGAGCAAAUCAGUUACCCGGCGUACGAAAAGCUUCUUGGUAGUGAAUUCUUUCAUUCUCCAAACAGUUUAGGAUUAUGAUAUUUCCCAACUCUUUUUCUGUCUAGUUCAUUAACGUCUAUGCCUAAGAUAGUAAUAAUAAAAGAUUCGCUUUUGAUUUUUUGAUAUAUCGGCAUAAAAUUAUUAGGAACG